AUGCUACUUGUAGAUAUUAUUCAAGAGAGUGAUCAAAUUGUUCAUACUGUUAUUAAGGAAAAACCUUCAAAGAGGGAGUACUGUGUGACAUUUUCUUAUGGGAGAAACACGGUUAAUGAAAGAUCUCAGAUGUGGCAUGACUUAUCUUGCCUUAGUUUCCCUGUUGCUCCCUGGUUGUUGGCUGGAGACUUCAACUCUGUUUUUGAGUUUGAUGACAGAAGAGGGGGUCGGCCAGUUACUUCUGCUGAGUUGAUUGAUGCUCAAAGAUGGCGAGGUCAAGGGUUAGCUGAUGAACUUGGCUCAAUUGGCUCUCAAUAUACUUGGACUAAUAACCAAACAGAUGGUGCUAGGAUUUAUUCCAAAUUAGAUCGGAUUUUUAAAAAUGAGGAGUGGAUAGACCUCUUUCCUGCUUCAGUUGCUGUCAAACAGUGGGACAUUCUAUCAGAUCACUGCUAUUGCAUUAUUAAGGUGUUUCAGGAGGUAAUAACUGGGUUCAAGCCUUUUAGGUUUUAUAACAUGUGGGUGGAUCAUAAUAGAUUUAAGACUACUGUUUUGCAAAGUUGGCAAAAACCAGUAGCUGUUGGAGGUUUUGCUGGUGUUUUGAUGAAACUUAAGAGACUUAGCCAUGUCUUAAGGCGGUUUAAUAAGUCUGAAUUUGGUGAUGUUGAGCGCAACUUUCAGAUGGCUAAAGAGUUGUAUAACCAGGCCCAAGUUAAUCUCCAACAGGAUCCUUUCUCUUUAGAGUUUCAGACUGAGGAAAAGCUGGCGCUUGAGUCUCUGGUUCAGAGUUCCAGGUUUUAUGAUAGUUUUUUUAGGCAAAAAAGUAAAGUUAAUUGGCUCAAAUUUGGGGACGAUAAUACGACGUAUUUCCAUGCUUGUUUGAAACAGAGGAAGGAAAUUAAUAGAAUUGCCUCUUAUGUUUCUGACAAUGGUCAGUUAGUUGAGUCGUAUGAGGAGGUGGUGGAUCAUUUCUUACAUCAUUUCAGAAGUGUUUUGGGCAGUCAAAGUAAGGCUUCGGGGUCUAUUCACAUGGAUUGCUUUGUUCACGGUAAUAUCCUUUCUUUAGAGCAUCAACUGGCUUUAGUUAAACCGUUUACAAAGAAGGAUGUUAGAAAUGCUAUGUUUAGCAUAGGAACUAUAAAGAGUCCGGGACCGGAUGGAUAUGGGUCGGGUUACUUUAAAGCUUUGUGGAAUGAGAUUGGUGAUGAUGUUUCAGAGGCUGUUUUGGGUUUCUUUCAGCAAGGUAUUAUUCCUAAAAAUCUGAAUAAUGCGUUGUUGUCUUUGAUUCCUAAAAUUGCUAAUCCGACUAAGGCGGUGGAUUAUAGGCCCAUUGCUUGCUGCAAUACAUUAUAUAAAUGUAUUUCUAAGAUGAUGUGUGAGAGACUCAAAGGGGUACUUCCUCUUCUAGUUCAUCAAAAUCAAGGGGCGUUUAUUAAGGAUAGGCUUUUAGCGCAUAACAUUCUUAUUUUUCAAGAUAUCCUUAAGGGUUAUAAAAGAAAACAUAUUUCCCCUAGAUGUGUGAUGAAAGUUGAUCUCAGCAAGGCUUAUGAUUCCAUUGAUUGGCAUUGUUUAGAGGAGAUUCUUACUGGUUUUUGCUUCCCGAAGCAGUUUAUUAACUGGGUUAUGGUGUGUUUAAGAGAUGCUUCUUAUUCUAUUUUGAUAAAUGGUAGAGUGUAG